UGCCCCCGCUCGUCUGCCCCGACUCUGCUGGAGGAUCAGUGUGUGAAGAAGCGAUACAGCAGUCCGCGCCGUAUCCUGCUGGACCCCCAAGUUUACCAGCCUUCCCCCCGCUGUGAUAAAUAAAUGCCCGGCGGUGGAGCCCUGAACCCCGCUCAGCCCGAGGAGGACUCAGACCCGCUACCCGCCCCGUCCAGGACUCAGAGAGCCGAGCUCCAGCUCCCCGCCGCGCCACAGGCCCCCUCGCUUUCUCCAUGCUUCGAGCUCGAGCCACGAUGAAGCCGGAGAUCACCGCCGCCGUGGGCUUUCUGUCCAGGUUCAUUCGAGUGAAGGGCCACGUCAACGACCGCCAGCUACAGACCUUCAGCCAGACCCUCCAGGACAUUCUGGCAGAACAGUAUAAACACCACUGGUUCCCUGACAGACCCUGUAAGGGUUCAGGCUACCGCUGCAUACGCAUCAACCACAAGAUGGACCCUCUGGUGGGGCAGGCAGGCCAGCGCAUCGGCCUGUCCAUCCAGCAGCUCUACCUGCUCUUGCCCAGUGAGCUCACCCUGUGGGUGGACCCCUUUGAGGUGUCCUACCGCAUCGGUGAGGACGGCUCUAUCUGCGUUCUCUACGAGUCACAGCCCUCUGCUAUCACCAACAACAGCGCCUCCACUGGAACCAGCAACAGCUCCCUGGUGGACAGUCAUAUCAGCUGCAAGGAAGAACUGCUGGUGCUGGGACGAACCAGCCCAGCCAAACCAUAUAUGAUGACCGUGUCCAGCUAAAGGAGCUGUGUCCGGUUGGUUUUUAAGAUAACCACAUGAAAUAAGGAGAAAAAAAAAUUAAAGAGAGGAGAAAGGAAAAAAAAGCGGAGGAUGUGGCCUAGUAUGUUCAGAUGAUGGAAACCUCGUAGGUUAAUUUCAAGCGUUUGGUUUGUCUGUUCUGUUUUUGUGUUGGAUCUACCAGAGACUCAGACCCUGGGGCAGCUAUGAAGACCAUUUCCCCUCCUGUUUCCUGGAGCAAAUGGCUUCAGACUGGGGGCUUUUAUUCUCAACAGUCAAUGUUGACUUUGCACUUUUUCUCACGUCAUUUAUUUCAUCUCACUGCCGCAGACCAGCGCCCUCUAAGUCUAGGCUUUCUGAAGUCCAGGCAUGCCAGCAGUUGCACCAGUGCUGAGGGGCCGCCUUUAAGAGCCUUUUCUUAAAAAAAAAAAACUAAAAAAAAAAACUGAUGUGUUUUUGGACCACAGGGCGCUAUUACCCUCCCCUUUUUAUCUCAGCGUCUGGUGCAUUGCUGUCGACCACAUUUGACCUCUUCUCCUGGGCUUCAGUUUGACUGGCACAAACAAAGUUUCAGAAAGCCUAACUUCUUCUCUAUGCUACUGCUCUGGAAAGCAAAUGUCGCUUCUGUCUGCCAUGGCUGUCGUUGUUGACACUGUGACGGAAAUGUUCUCAUUCUUUAUACCUUUAGAAUGAAUGUCAUUUGAAAAAAAAAUUAAUUUAAUUUAAGCCUUUUUGUGUUGUCAUGCCAAAAAAAUAUGUAGCGUAGCCUAGUCCGGGUCUGCUUAGGAAAGGCAUUGAAUGCACUUUUGACAUUUAAAUUUGCGUGGGAUGUUUUGAUAAAAACAGCCACAUUCCAACUUUUUGAAUGUCCCAGCAUCAGAUCACACUAUUUCUGUUUAUUUAGUUUUUCCCCCCAAUUUUCUGUUAUUUGGUUGGAAUUAUGGAGCAUAAUGGAUUAUGCUGUAUUUUAUUUUUUGAAAACAAACACAAAAGAAACAAAUAUGAUUUAAACCAAGAAGCCAGUAUAACAACAUACAUACCAUAGAACAGCAAAUAGAUAAGUGUAUGACUUAACCUUUGCAAGGCAUUUGUGAAGCUGGCCCCAAGUUGAUAUUUCAGUUAUAUGACGCAGGUUAAACUUUCCAUCCACACACACACACAUCACAUUGUGCAAGAGUAGCUGUUUUGCUUGUUUUAAUUGAUUGUUUUUUUAAAGCAUCAGGGAGAUUGGAGUAUGGAUAGAGGUCUGGCUGUGAUCUGCACUGGCCUGAAAGCACUGUGUGUAUGUUGUGGGACGUUUAGGUUUUGUGUGUAUGCUGAGUGAGAGGGAAGAGAACCAUCCUGUGUUGAAUUUUAUCCCUAAACUAUCUCAAACCUCAGAACCCACAGGGCUGGGCUGUAGUCCAUUUCUCCAUCUUUGAGAAUUGAAGGGAAAGAGAGAUUUUUUUUCUCAUGUUUUCUCACACAGCACGCUGAAGCACAGGGCUCACAUGGCCAGCAGCUUGGAGACAAAAGAGCCAGCCACCCACUACCCCUCAGCUCGGAGCGCACAUAGUACCACGUAUAUACAAUAUACAUAUCAUGCCUCUCUCACUCCAGGUUCCAGGGGGGAGGAGGGGGGUCACCCACCAGACCAGAGCAGCUAAAUUUCACGUUCCUCCGUGACCCCCCUCCGACACUGUGUACACACUCAAGUAAAAAAAAAAAAAACAGCCUCGGAGGAGAGACCAACCAGCACACACACACUUUAGUGCGCUCCAAACCCCACUGAGCCUUACUUGAGGGUGUGUGAGAUUAAGUGAGGGAGAGAAUGGAGAUGGAUGGUACCUCCCAGUCUCUGGUCAUGGUGCUGCUGAUGGAUUCAUGUUGAAUCUGUUUACAUGAGAUCAGAUACGAACUAGUUCGAGUGCACUUGAGUUGGGGAAGGUCAGGUCAUUCUGCAGGAUGGAAUAGUUGGGGAUUGUCUGUAAAGGUGUGUGUGUGUGUGUUUGUGUGUGUUCAUGUGCGUGUGUGUUGCGGGGUUCUGGCCUUAGCUCUUAAGCUGCUGAGGCAGGGUGCUGAUGAUCAGUCCUGUAUGUGUGCUAAUGCCUCUGACCCUAGAGGAUCAUGGGUAAUGAAGCCAGGUUGUUGAUGCACUGCCCUCCCUUCUGUCUCGUCCUCUCUCUCUCUACUGUUGCCCUCCAUUGGCCAAUAAAAGGCAGAGAACCCCGUUUCUGUUACAUUGGACAGCAGCACACAUCUGUUCAUUUUAAUCUCCAACAUGGGCUGAUGCAAUUGCGCGUAGCAAGUUAAUGAAGCCACGCUUAUUCUUUUGAUACUAUUUUUAGGCCUUCCUAAAAGACGGUCCGUGCUUUCGGACAUAUCCCACUGUCCUACUUUUCACAAGGCAGUCUUAAACUCGGACAGGCAGCACUCCCCCAAAUUCACCCUCCCCCUGAUUCUCCAGAGGGUUGUUUUUAUUAUUCAGAGCAUUUUACCACACUCGGGUGAUCUUAACCAAAUUCGAUUGCACAUUUUGGAUGUCCCUUUUUAUUUUUGAAAUACCUACGAUUUUAAAACAACUUGCCCUCCCCCAUCGUCUCUGCGGCAAUAACGGCUUCCCCUUUGAUUCUGAGCCUCAUAUGAGUUCUGUUCGCCUUCGCACAAAUGGGUUUCAGUGACAUUUAUACGCAAAGUGUUUUUGUUUUUUGGAUCGUCGGAGGAAAGAGCACAUAAAAUGCACUAUGCUAACAUUUUUUAAGUUAUGUGACAUGGAGAUGUGAAAGUCUCCACAGGAAUGUAUUGCCAAACUCAGGCCUCAGACAUUCAACCCUUACCGGAGGAGUGCAUGUUAAGAUGUGUAAAAUGGAAGGGAAUUGCUCAGUUCGUUUCUUGUCAAUCUUGUCAGCAGCGGCUAGAAUUAUUGUCACUUUCACAUUUGGGGUGUUUUGCGUAUUUGUAGAAUGUACUGUUAUUGUACAACCUAUGGUAGAACACAUCCACAACAUUUACACAUGGAAAGUGCCAAUAAUUAAUAUUCUGAGAUGUUUUUGGUGUGUUCCUUUUUGUAUUUCAUAUUUUAACACAGACUGCUCUUUGAUAAGUGAAGCCAUUUGUGUCAGGAGUGUUGGCGAGGACCAAAGUUGUUUUGGUAAAAAAAGAACAUUAGUUUCCAUGAUCUGUGCUGAUAGACUUAUCCUUUGUUGUUUUUUUUCUUCUUCUCUUUUUUUUAACGUAUAAAAAAAAAAAAAAAAAAAUCUGAGCUACCCAAGCAGAAAAGCUGUCUCUAUAUUGUGAUCUCCAGUCUGUACAUCUUUUGUUGUGUUUUAUUUUUAUUUUCCUUGGGUAUGUUGUAAUGAACUGCUGUAAAUUUGUACAGUUCAUGUAAAUUGAUUGUGCGGAAGUUGUACAGAUUUCUAUAUUUUGGAAGAAAAGUUUUUUUCUCUGUAAUAAAAGAUUUCCUAUCUUGGCAAUGUU